AAUUUGACAGAAAAAAAAAAAAAAAAAAAGGAAGGGAAUUAGCCUAUCGGGAACCUCAACACAGACACCCACCCUUUUUGUGAGAUUAGGAGUCGGAUCGAAUCCAGGCGGCGGAGGCUCCUCCUGUGGAUGACAGAGGUGUCUGCGCUCGAAGCCCUGGAGGAGCAGAAGAGAUCUCCAAAAGAGGACUAUGUUAUUUUUUUUAAUCGUUUUCGACAAAUGAGGCUUAAGUCACAGGGAAUGCCGCAUAGAUUUGAUUACGAUCAGCGGUAGUGUUUGGAUUUGCUCCUUAUUUGCUCUUUCAGGGAUUCGCACUUGUCUUAUUCAUCCGCUUUUAUUAUCUCCCGAAAACCCUUUUUUUUGGGUCUUUUUUUUCUUUUAUAUCGCCGCCUCUCAUCAUGAAACGCUUCUCCGGAUGUGACCGUCUCAUGUUUUAUGUGGCCGCCGCAUGAAUUCUCCCACUGGAUCCGCGCACGCCGCCGUCCUCCCGCGCCUCCCGCUGCUCCUCAGACGGCCGAUCCUCGCAGAGGGCACACUACCCUCCCUGCCGCUGAAGACAUUUCGAUCGUCCUCCCCGGGUCCCACAUCACCCCGCCUGCCUCCUCGUCCUCCUCCUGCUCCUGCGUAACAUGUCGGGACAGACUCUGACGGACCGGAUCGCCGCCGCUCAGCACAGCAUGACCGGUUCUGCUAUCAGCAAAGCCGUGUGCAAGGCCACGACGCACGAAGUCAGCGGACCCAAGAAGAAACACCUUGACUACCUGAUCCACUGCACCAAUGAGAUGAACGUCAGCAUUCCCCACCUGGCAGACACGCUGCUGGAACGCACCUCCAGCAAUAGCUGGAUUGUGGUUUUCAAAGCGCUCAUCACCACACACCACCUCAUGAUGUACGGCAACGAGAGAUUGAUGCAGUACCUUGCCUCCAGAAACACACUCUUCAACCUCAACAACUUUCUAGAUAAGGCUGCACUACAAGGGUAUAACAUGUCAACCUUCAUCAGACGCUACAGUCGCUACCUGAAUGAAAAAGCCAUGUCUUACAGAAUAGCAGCUGUUGACCUUACCAAGAUGAAGAGAGGGGCUGAUGGUGUAAUGCGCACCAUGAACACAGAGAAGCUCAUUAAAACGCUGCCAAUCAUUCAGACCCAGCUCGAUGCACUGCUGGAUUUCCAGCCAAAUUCAAACGAGCUGACCAAUGGUGUGAUCAACACAGCUUUCAUGCUGCUCUUUAAAGACUCCAUACGGUUGUUUGCUGCUUAUAAUGAAGGGGUCAUCAACAUGCUGGAGAAAUACUUUGACAUGAAGAAGAACCAGUGCAAAGAAGCUUUAGAGAUCUACAAGACCUUCCUCAACAGGAUGACAAAACUGUCCGAGUUCCUCAAAGUGGCCGAGCGAGUUGGGAUAGAUCAGGGCGACAGCCCCGAUCUCACACAGACUCCCAGCACUCUCCUGGAGGCUCUGGAGCAGCAUCUAGCCUCUCUAGAGGGCAGGAAGCUCAAAGACCUCUCUGCUGCCAGCAGGUCCAACACCCUGUCGAGUGCAGUGUCCUCUCUGUCCAGCACUGGAAUCUCUCUCACCCGUAUGGAUGACAAGACAGAGGACAACAGACUGCAACAACACAAGGAGGACGGCCCUAAGGUGAUUGACAUCCAGACACCCAAUGUAUCACCCAGCACCCAGUCAGUGGGCAGUGCCAACAGCAGCGGAGGACACGCUGAUCUUUUCUCCAGCUCACCCAUUGUACCAGUCAACAACCAUUUCCCAAACCUGACCAGCGAGCUGUUCACCCUGCAGCCCACGUUCACCCCCAUCCAGACCACACACACUGUGCCCAACAACAACGCCUGGGGAGGUGACCUGCUGAAGCCAGCGCCGCCUUCUCAGAUUCACAGCCCAGGAGCUCUGUUGCACUCUGGGAAAAUGCUGCCCAGUGAUUUGGACUCGUCACUAGCCAACCUUGUUGGCAACCUGCAGUUUGGGGGGAUGCCAGCUAAAAAACCGGAGCUCCAAUGGAGCCAGCUGGUGGAGAAGAAGCCAACAGGAGGAAGCGGCUGGCAGUCAAAGGCGAUGUGCACCAGCACCAACUGGACUCACACCACCCACCCCAUGGCACCCACACCCAUGCCUGUCCCACAAAUGAAUGGGAUGAUUUAUACUGGAUAUGCUCCAGCACCAGUGGCUUUUCCUAUGACAACACCCCAAGUGCCUGUGUAUGGAAUGCUCCCUCCUCAGAUGGGUCACCAGAUGGGAGGCAUUCCCAUGAUGCCCCCUCAGCCUGUCAUGUACAACCAGCCCAUCCUGAGACCGACUAAUCCCUUUGGAGCUAUCCCAGGGACACAGAUGCACUUCAUGUAGAGAUGAUGUUGUAACCAUGGCAGCAAAGCUGGGUGAGAGAAAAGGCACAGAAAGAUGCACGAAGAAGAGUGCAGAGAGGGAGUGAAAGAUAAAGGGAGGGGAGAGGAACAGAGAUGAGAUGCCGAUGUCGAUUGACUCAUCUCCUCUCCUCUCUCUAUGUGACUACGACCUCUCUGUCUCCUAAUCGACAAUGCUGUGAAAGCAGAGGUUCUGCAUCUGUCCCACUCAUCCUCAGUUUGAUUUGUCGUUAACGAAUGGGUAAAGUGCUGUCCGAUUAAAUUGAUUAUUGGGGCCUGUGAUGAUGUUACGAUGACUGACGCCUCAGGCGAAGUGCAGAUGCUUCAUCACCACUUCCUGAUAUAAUUUGCAGUUAAACGAAAACAAAAAAAAAAAAAGAACUGGCUAGCUAACUCGCCCAGCUUUCCCCUCCACCCUGCAAAGAAUCAAACUGUGAGGACGUGCGUCUCCUCUUCUGAUUAGAUUGUUUGCUGGCACUUUACUCAAUGUGAACUUUGUCAAGCGUGUAUGUCUGUGUAGGUGAAUUUAGCAUCUUGUUCAGGUCGGGUUGAUGUCAAACGUUAUAGAUCCGUAUGCGUGUGUUCCUUUUUCUACAUUUCAGCAUCUUUUAUGAGCUCCGUUUGUUCUGAAUUGCCAACUUUACAUCUUGAAUAUGGAUCGACUGUGGGCACAUUUGUGUGGGUGUGGAUGGACGUAGCCGUGUAGGGUAUGUACUGUACAUCUUUCUCUUUUGGUACCUGCUGUCUAACGUUACUGUGUUGCCAGGUGCCAAAGUGCAAAAGCACUGGAACUACUAAUGAAAGCACUGGGCCAGACCCAGGCGUUGCAUUUGGAUAUGAACAGACCUCCAACACUAACUUUGCUACUUGGGGACGUGCUGUGCACGCUGUGUAUUUUGCAUUUUGUCCCCCCCUGCAGGUGUGCAAUAUCAUGCAAUCUUGUCACUCUUUCCCACUCAUCUGUAGACUGUUUCGAAGCUGUUCCUGCUGUAGUGUUGUACCUGUUAUGUGUUUGCAUCGGGAUUCUGUACAAAAAGCUGUUGGUUAAUUAAUUAAUUUAUUUUUUGUUUGGGUUUCUUUCUUUCUUUUUUUGUAUUUUUUAGAUAUGUCUUAUUCUAACUAUACUGCUCUAAAAAGUAGUGAUCAAUGCACUGAGGCCCAGACAGGUGGGACUGGGUGUUUGUAAGUUGAUUGUCAGUCAUGCUAAUCAGAUAUGGUCCAGUAAUCCUGAGCACUACUCCUGUCCAAAAUUAGUCUGUGCAGCAGAUGUCUCAACUCCAGUGACAGGAAUUAAGACAUUGCUAGAAAAGCGAGGACUUUCUUUACGUUGUGUUGGAUGGGACAGCUGAAGGUCAUCUGGAGAACUCAAACGAGGAGGAGAGACAUUUUAAAGCAAUUGAAGGUUAUGUCAAUCAUGACUCGAGUAAUGCCUGCAGUAAAGUAC